AAUGCUUGGAUCAUACAAGAGAUAUUGGGAGCCAUCUCUUACAGAAGUAGUUGGUCUUUCAGUGCCAGUAGGUGCAAUUGCUACAUUCUUCACAUAACCAUUAGGUAACAGCUAUAUAAUUUACAUCCAGAAUUUGUUAAAACUAGAAUCUAAGUCAGAACCGAAGGGAUUGGUUUGAGAUAAUUGAAAAAUGAAUUGGGAGUGAAUCCAUGGAGAAUAUUCAGAGAAAUUCAUGAAACUGGAGGAGGCUUGAGUCAUUUUUAUUAUGGAUUUGACGCAGCAUUAUACAGUAGAUUGGGCUAUCUCUUUAUUAGAAACUUUUUGUAUCAAAUAUUUAAACAUUUAGAUAUAAAGCAAUAUACGAUUAAGUUAAGCCAGUCAAACCAUUCAAUGAUUUGACACUAAGAGAAAAGGCUGUUCUCUCUGGAUCUGUUGGAGCAUUUGCUGCAUUUGUUACAUCUCCAUUUGAAUUAGCUUAAGUCAGAAUGAUAGCUGAUGGUGGUCUCCCUUAAUCUUUAAGAAGAAAUUACAAAUCAGCAUUUGAUGCCAUUAAUAGAAUCUAGGUUGAAGAAGGUAACAUAAUCAACUAAAACAUUAGGAGGAAGCAGAGCAUUAUUCAGAGGAGCCUUUGCUCAUGUUGUCAAAUUAGCAGCCUUAAACGUAUCCUUAACAGGACCAUAUGAUUACAUGAAGGAAAAAAUUUGGUUGGUUUUCGGAGAUUUUGGAUUCAAUCAUUUCCUUGCAUUAACUUGGGCUUCAUUUUGGGCAACACUUUUCACCUUACCCUUAGAUAAUGUCUAAACCAGAGUUCUUAAGGCAUUCCCAGAUCCCUCUAAAAAUAGGUAAUUAUAGUCUUUUUAAAAUAUAUUAGAUUAAAUUACUAAAAUUAUUUAGAUGUUUUCAAGCAAAUUUACUUCUAUGAAAGAGUACAUGGAUUUUAUGCAGGUGCUUUACCUUAUUAUGGCAAAAUGUUCAUAACUGCUUGGUUAACAUGCACAUUAGUCAAUGGAGUCAUGGAUAGUCAAAAGAAAGCUGCAGGAUUGGAAGAAUGGCAAAUUUGAUU